AGCUCUGGCCCAUCUUAACAGACUGUAUGAGACAGACCACUGGCAAAGAAGUUCUGCUGGGAACUCUGUAAACAUGAAGCUGUUUCUCGUUCUUGCUUUUCUGCUGUUUGAGGUACCCACAGAUGGGAUACGGCCCAAAAAAUGCUUUAAUAAUGUAGUAGGCUAUUGCAGGAAGAAAUGCAGAAUUGGAGAAAUACAUGAAAUAGGAUGUCUAAGUGGAAAAUUAUGUUGCGUUAAUGAAGACGAAAACAAAAAACAUCUGGAAGGCCAUAGGAUACCUCCACCUUCUGAUAAGAAGUCUGAAGAGAUCCUGGACUAUGCUAUUUUGCCCACCGUCACACUUGCCACAAACCAACCAUAAACCAAGCACUAGUUUCACCAGUAUCCACUCUUCCUAAAUCAGAAGUGCUGCCUAAUACAGCAGAAAUGUAUCUGCUUCUUCUAUGAACUUAUUGUUCUACAUAAUAAAGUCCUAUGCUUUUCCUUGA